AUGGAAAGCACGGGGGCCCCCGACACCGGGUCCCCUGUUUUCCCAGGUCUGGGGACUUUAGCAGAUAGCUGCGAAGUAUCAGCAUCCACAGCACUGACCUCAUCGGGGCCUGUUGGCGCUGCACUGCCUCGGCUCCUACAGUCUCUGAUGCCCCCUGGCGUUGUUCAGUGGCUACGAUCUGAGAUAGCGAGGGUCCCUUGUGUCUCCGGGCUCGAUGGAGAUGGAGUCUCGCACUCGAGGCAGCAGGGAGGCUUAUCUGGGGAUGGUGAAAAGGCCUUGAAUCCUGCAUUUCCUUUGGAAAGUGCAGUUACGGCCCAGCUGGCCCGGCUUGGUGGGGAGGCUUGGGAGGCUUUGAGAGGGGGAGGUCUGAGCUCACAAGACCUUGAAGGGGCCCCCGAAGUUGUUGAAGAGCCCGUCGAAGAUGUCGAGGCAGGCGCGGAUGGUGUCGGGGUCGGGGCAGCGAAUUGGGAGGGCCCCCAGCUUUCUGUGGGGGAGUCGUGCGCGCUGUUGGAGGUUCUGCUGCCUCUUGCCGCACAGAGGGUCUGUGAUGGCGUGGCUGGCCGCGAUCUGGAGAAGCAGGAGACGCAUUCCUUUUCGGGGAGUCGCGAGGCCAACUCUCCACCUCCACAGACGCCUUUGGGGCCCUCCGAGGGGCUGCAGCAGUGGCACUCGCUCCCUUCGAAAGGCGCAAGUUCCCUGUCCUACAGCGGAAAUCUGCUCUGCCCUCUUUUGGGGCCCCUUUUGGGGCCCCUGCAGCAGGGAGAGGCCGGCGGUGUCUCAGGGGGCCUCAGCGGAAGCGGCGAAGACCAGCGCAGGCGCAUGAGGAAGAGAAGGCAGAUCCUGUUGCGACAGCUUCUCAAGAGCAGAGCAGUCCUUCUGCAGCUGUCUUCGCAGGCUGAGGCUGGGUUGACAGCGGCAUCCGGGGGCAUAGGGGAACCGCAGCACCGCCAGCAGGACCAACCGCAGGAGCGAGAGCUUCUCCAGCAGCGUAUUCGCGUGGAGCUACGGCGAGCUGCCCUAGCAGCCUACAACCUAAAUCGCUGUUGCCGCCGCGUGCCGCCUCUCCUUCUCGCAGCAGAGGAGGUCGAGGCUCACGGUGCAUCUGUGGGGGCUUCUCGGAAGGCUUCGCAGCCGCUUGAGGCAGCAGCGCAUUCGAAGGGAGAGCUCUCUUCUUCCGCGUUGUCUCAUGUGCACUCUGAGGGUGGAACGCAGCAGCGCCAACAACAAAAAGCAGCCUUGCUCUCCUCAGAAGACGCCUUCCUGAGCCACCCCGAGUGGCUCCUGCCAUUGGCGGCCUUGCCGGGGGGCGUAGCAGCGGCCCCUCCAGACGUCGUAGAUGAAGGAGAAGAUCUCGAGGAGUCCUCUCCACCAGCUCCUCCGCCUUCCCCAUUGGCAUGGUCAGACGUGGCUUCCCCCGCGGAGGGGCCCCUUGACGCGGAAGGGGCUCCAAGGCGGGGGACGCUUUUCAAUGCAGCCGGCAACCAAGAGGGAGGAGGCCCUUGGAUCCUGCAGGAGCUUGCAUUCGAUGGUAGGCGCAGCGCCUUUGUGGUGACCCUCAGCGAAAGGCCUACUGAACUCCCCAGCAGCUCCAGUCCAAGCCGCAGCAACCCGAGCCAAAGCACCAAGUGUGUUAGCAGGAGGAAGAUCUUUUAUUGCCUCUGCCGAAGUCGAGACCGCGCAGCAGCCGUGGUGGCGCGAUACGCAGAGCUGAAGCAGUGCGCGUCGCUGUCUCCGGACGAGACUGAAGCAGCGAGUCUUCUUUCAGACGAGGGAGAGACGGACGGAGAGAGAGACGCGACACCUCGUGGUGCCUCGACGCAAGGCAAGAAGGGCUGCAGCAACAGCAAAGGCACGAUGCGACUGCUGCAGGAGGCCGCGGAGGGCCUGCAGCUGCUACUCUUGCGCCAGCAGCGCGUGGCGCUGCAGCAGCAGGGAGGCAAGCUCUUCGCUGCUGCUUCUCAGGGAUGCUGGUUUGCUGCAGACACGAUUAUUCGGGGGGCGCCUUUUCCCUUAAGUGACCCUCCCUGGCGGCACAGGUUAGCGCCAGUGCCCCCUGGAGUUCGCCUGUCUGCGGAGGGUACUCAGGACGCGGCGGACGAGGCCCCUACGCCGCGGCCUUUGAACUCCUAUGGAGCGGCAGCAGACGAAGAGGACAGCGGGUCGCUGGCGGGGAUGAAGAAGUGCAGCACUUCACCAGCAUCGCCGGUGCCAGCUCCCCAGGCAGCACCGGCUCCUGCAGCAGCGGCAGCGACAGCAGAGGCGGAAGCUGCAGGCUUCCCUUAUAGGGAAGCCGGUGAGGGCGAAGAUUCGCCCUUCACAGGGGACCCCCCAGACGCCAAACCUUGGCCGAGGCCUCCUGUUUGCAGAUCCCCAUACAUGUGCUUCUCUGUUGAAGCCCCCAUAGGAGAGCUUCCGAUGCAGGUGCACGGCAUUCCUGACAAGGCUACCUCUGAUUCAGCAUCCGCCGCUGAGGGCCCCUGGAUGGAUUUUCCAGCGGACGGCUCAGCUGGAAAGGCAUGUCUUGCAUCAACGAGAGACGACGCUCUAGCCGAAGGGGUGGGGUCCACCUCCGGUGGCAAGUCUGGCGAGACUACUACGGGGCCCCCCCGAGUUACUGGGGCCCCAGGAAGCGCUGUUAGCUGGGCUAUUCGCGUCACACAGAGGCAAAAGGGAGACUCGUGGCAGCUGCGCAUGGCUGCAGCCUUGAUGACCAGGGGUUUCGAUGAUCUCAUCGAGGAACCCCGACGCGAUUCCGAGGCUGCGCCAGUGGACUAUCUGCUGCUCUACGACUCGCCGCAGAACCGAGGCUUAACCCCUCCAGUGCCGACCUCCUUCGGCGUGGCUGCGGAUUCUGAGAGGCGUAAAGAGUUGCGUCAGCUCUACGACUUGUUUGUCGAGCCGACUUUUGCUGUACAAAGUGACGACAAAGUAGUGCGAGUCAGAGAUGCAGUCGUAAACAUCUUCACAUAUCCCCAACUGUAUAUCAUGUUGCACUGUCUUUUGACCUGGGACUUGCGGCUUUUGUGUUUUUCCAACUUUCUCAUCUGGGUAUGCGGAUAUUCGAACGACGUCUCUUCAUGGUUUGCUUGCCCCGCUGGAUCGGAGGCGAUAAACUACUUGCUUAAUUUGGCGCAUACGUUCUGCGAUCGCUUGGGGGCUGCUGCUACCGAAACGGGUGCUCGUGAGCUUCCGGCAGACGACGCGGUGUUGCUGCAGAAGAACCGAUUGCUUUUGCAGCUGUAUAUGGCGCAAGACCAGAGAGACAUGGCUACGAACCCCUCAGCAGCGGCAUGCCAAUCGACCGCAAGUCAAGAUUCUGCCAUGGGAGUUGCAGGGCUGAUGCCUGUUGCGGAAGCUCCUGCUGCUGGCUCAGGAAAUGUCUCCGCGUCAGCAGGAGGGACGGGAGGAGGAGGUGGGGGUGGCUCGCGGCCUGUGGGAUCGUCUCUCUCCGGCACUGCCCCCCUUGAGCCUUCCCCUGUCGGAACGUCUGCACCAGGAUCUCCUCCAGCAGCAGCAAUAACAGGGUACCGAGAAGAAGUACUGCAGGUGGCAGGGGUCGGCCCUGUAGACUUCACGCUUCCUGACGGUGUGAAAUUCGACAAGAGCAAGCUGGCCUUCCGCUGUCUCUGGAGGGAAGGGUCUGCUCCUGCUCGACAGCUGCAGCAACAGCAGCAGCAACAACAGCACCAGCAGCAACACCACCAGCUCCCGCAGCAGCAACAGCUUUCGCAGCAGCAACAGCUUUCGCAGCAGCAACAGCAACAGGGCUUGGCCUCACCUAAGACCCCAGCAACUGGCGUGCCCCCCAAGUGGCUAGGCGCGUUGUCAACUCCGGGGGGAGGAAGCCUAAAGCCACAAACAUCGCAGCAGCAGAAUCGCAGUCGCACCUUUAGCUGCAGGAAGUAUGGCCUCUACCAAAGCAAGCUUUUGGCCAUGCAGGCCCGCCUGGCUUCAGAGCUCCUGAUCCCCCAGCCUCCCGCAACGUCGCGGUAUCGCAUCCCUGCGCUCGCCGCAGUAGUCUUUGGCUUGCUGCCCCUCCCUGAGCCCGUCGAGUCUCCUCAACAAGCAGUGGAGGGACUGCCCGUGCCUCCGGCAGAUCGGCAAAGCAGGAGGCUGAAGUGGCAACACCUCCUGCAGCAAGGCGGCUGGAGGGGAGGGUGUCCAGACCUCUCGUUUGCGGAGGCAGCUGCCGAUGCUGUCGAGGCCCUCGUUGGGGAUAGUGCGGGGCACGCAAGGCCCAGCAACAAGCGCAAAAGGAACACAGGGGCCCCCCCAAAGGCUAUUUCUACGUACCAGCAACAGCAGCACCAGCUGCUGCAACAGCAGCAGCAACAGCAGCAGCAACAGCAGCAGGAGUCAGCACAAGCUGCUGCUCUUCGGAGCAGUCGCUCGGAAGACGGCGCUCUUCUUCCUCCAAUGCCAGUCGAUCCCUCUAGCGGCGGUGGCUGGGGAGCUCCCGCAGGUUUAUGCGGUUUGGGGGCCCCUCAGGGGCCCCUCGAUUCCCCCGCAGCAUGGGUGGUGCAGCCGGGGGACGGCGGGGAUGGGCGUGUACUCCAGCAGCAGAGCCUGAGUUCGCGGUCUCUAUUAGCUUGCGUGUGGGAGCAUGCAGCCUAUCGGUGGCGCGUGGCUCUAGCAGCACCAACAGAGGAAGCGUUGCGGGGGCCUGAGGCUGGUACCGCUCUGGGGAGAACCUGCUUCUUCUUCUCUCCUUCGGAUCCGGCGAAGAAGAAGCAAGCACUGCUGCUGGCGCGGCGAUGGGCAGCAUGCCAGCUGCUCUUGGGGGAGAGGCUCUGCGUUCUGGCAGGGCCUCUCCCCGGUACCGAGACGUCGCUGGAAUUCCUUCAGAGUUGCCCUGGCUUGUGGACUGCAGAGGAUGAAGCAGACGUUGGCAACCUUGCCCUGAUGAGACUCCAGCAGUUGCAGUCCAUCGCUGCCUCCUGCGAAAGCGAGGGGGCUGCGGGAUUUGCCGCUGCAGCUCCCGAGACAGGAGUAAACGCGAAUACAACCAGCCCGUCGAACGGCUUCGACUGCUCCCAGAGCCUUGGGGCACCUCCUCCUAGAAUGACAUCAGAAGCAGGGGCCCCCCUUCACUUAUCUGGAGACGCGGUGGGCCCUGGGGGCCCUUGGGGCGAUUGGCAUGCCUCGCAAAAUCCAGUGGGGGGGCCCCCUUUUGGCCAGGUGGAGGCCCCUUGGGGCCCCCUGACCGACUCAGGAGGCAGUGGUGAGUGGGGGGGACCGGCUAAGCGGCCCAAGCCCAGGGCGAGGCCCCCUCGGCAAGGGGCCCCUGUGGAUGAGGCAGACGCAGAGCGUGUGAGAUCUCAGAAGGCAGCAGCAGCACGCGUGAGGUGGAUGCGCUACAGAAUGCAGCAGGAGGCAGGGGCGCAGCAGCUCUCUGCUGCUCUUGCUGCUACUAUGACGGAUAGUCGACCUCCUCUAGCUUCCAACGGACUGAGUCCAAUCCCAGCUGUUUUCCCCAUGUGA